AAGGAAGCCUUGGUCUGCAGUUACCUCCGACACCCCAACAUAUUACCAGUACUGGGCGUCGACGUAGCGGUCUAUCAGCCUUUCAUGUGCUUAGUCUCCCCAUGGAUGUAUGGAGGGACUGUCGUGAAUUACCUUGCAACCCGCAGGGGAUCCACCUCUCUCGAUGCCAUGAUUGAAAUGGUUGUAUCCGGUCUCGCAUACUUGCAUGGAGAAUGCAUAGUUCAUGGUGAUUUGAAGGGGAGCAAUAUUCUGGUAGAUGAACAGGGCAACAUACGGCUCGCAGACUUCGGGCUGGCCGAGCUGACUGAGUGUUGGUGUGCCGGAUCGACGGUAGGGCAAGGUUCAACUCGUUACAUGGGCCCGGAACUGCACGACCCCGACUCGUUUGGACUCGUUUUCAAGCGAACGUACGCUAGCGACAUGUACGCCCUUGCUUGCCUUUUUCUCGAGAUGCUCACCGGCAUGGAGCCCUUUCACGAGAUACAACGCGAUAGCACGGUGAUUCUUCAAGUCAUCAGCGGGGGUCGACCAACACGGCCAGAAUCAUCAUCAUGUCACGGGAUACAUCUCCCUGAUGAUCUAUGGGGCAUCAUGGAGGAUUGCUGGAAGCGACAGCCGCAUUUUCGUCCUUCU